AUGUCGUCCAAGCGCAGUGAGGACGAAUGUGCAGAAGAGCUCAACAAGCAAAUGCACUCCAUGCUCGGUGUCACCAUCGACGGCUACGGCGUCAUGCUCUACAUCAUCGGCGGCGAUGACGCCAUCAUCUGCUACAUCGUCUCGCAUGACAGCAAUUUGUCCUCAAAAUUGUUGACUCUGUUCAGCAGCGAAAGCAGUCAUCAGAUGGGCGGGAGUGGAGCGCCUACUGGAGGAGAAGAAUUUGCAUCUCGAUGCGGCUAUCGGCCAGCUCCGGACGGUGUCCACUUUCGUCAAAGAGUACGUCAAGCAGCACGCUCCUGUCAGGACGUCCCCAUCACCGUCAUUCCGGACCGCUAUGACGACGCCGAACCCGACGUUGUCGAUUCUGCCCACGAGUCGAGCCACCUGCCGACGAUUCAGAUUCAGAUUGAGGACUUUGGCGGUAGCUUCGCCAUGCCACACUAUGGUCACAUGCAGCUGUCCGCCGAUUACUUUAAUCCAAACCCGAUGGUGCGGAAUUUCGUGGUGGCGGGCAUCACGAGCAGUGUCAACAAUGUGAUCUUAUACGACGAGCGCGCCCAAGGAAAGGAUGCGGACGCAUUGUGCAGUCUCCGCUUCGUGUACCACAUGCGGCUGCUCGCCAAGAACCCAGGACGCGAUGCCAAGACCCUUGUGGUGAUUCUGGACAACUGCGUUGGACAGAACGAGUCUCAAGUCGCGUUCUUGUUCUUUGCGCUGCUGUCGCUCGUGUUCUACCGCAAGGUCGUUCUGUUGUACCUCAUGCCGGGGCACUCGCACAACCAAGCCGAUCGAGUUGUUUCAUGGUGUCGCAAUUCGAAGAAGGGCAAGAACUUCUAUACGCCGUGGGAUUUCGUCGAUACUGUCAACCUUAUCAACAGCGUCGAGGCGACAUUCAUCGAUCAUCAGGAUGCCCAACGCCCUUUUUACACGGGCUGGGACAGUCUUUUGAAGAAGCACUUCAAGUCGAUGCCGCCCCGAUACACGCACAACUACUUCUUUGAGGUCGAUGAAGGAGUGCUCAGCAUGAGACACCUGAGGUCGACUCAAGGAUUUUUUGGCGCCAACGUCAACACGAUCGAGGAGGGGACGUUCAAAUCGAUCCAAAUGCUGAUGGCUCCUGUCAGCAGCCUAUCAACCAAGAAGCUGGCCUUGCUAUCGAAGAAGUACUUCUCGAUUCCACCCGAACACCUGCCAUACUAUGAAGCUGUCCCGAGCGAGAUCAGCUCGCAGAUCGACGACGAUCCGAUGCCUAAAUGA